AUGGAUCAGGGAAUUACUGUUUUUCAUAAGAAUGAGAGCCUCCAGAUGAAGCAAAGGGAGGCUGCAAUCAACAAAAAACCGAAAAAGGGCCCCCUCAAUGUCAAGGAGCAACUGGCCCUGAUUUCGAUCUGCCAACAACAAAUCCGAUACAAUGAAAUAUCCGCUGUCAGUUGUUCGAAGUUCUGGACCGGGAUCGAAGUUGCUCUCGAAAAAGAAAUCGGCCGUCGCUAUUCUCACUUCUCCUGCCGGAAACGCAUCAACGAGUAUAUUGCACACCGGGCUUUAUGCCAGAUGAAUAUCAACAACGGGGUCAAAACGGACCCUGCAUAUUUGCCAGACCCGGAAGUCCGGAAAUUAUUAGAUCGCUGGGAGGAAAUGGACAAAUUCAAGGAACAGCUGGAAAAGGAGAAGGCACUGGGUCAGCUGGUCGGACGGGAUCCUGAAGUGCCGACCAAAAACAAGUUGCAACGAGUCGCAGACUGGGUUAAGAGUCUUCCAGACCCGGAACCUCAGCCUCUCGUCACUCCGCCUUCCACCAAUUCCUCUCAAUCUCCAGUUAAGCAGGACGAAUCCUCUGCUCUUUGGGCUCGAUACCAGAAGAUUGAGGAUUACCGGGCCAUUGCUCGAACGAACCAACUUCGCGCCCUGAAUAACGAUUUAGUGAGCAGUCGACAGCUCUUAUCGAACAUAAAAGAACAAUUAACUUCGGCUCUCCCCGCUUCGCGGGCUCUUCCGGCUCUUCCUGUGGCAGGUUUUAAGCGAUUCCGUGAAGACGAAGUCUCGCCCGACCGCGCCGCACCUCGUCCCCGCACAGAAUUGACCGAUCCAGAGUCUAUGAUCAAACCGGUUGUGAAACAGAGCCCUGGCAACUCCAACGUCAUUCCUGGUUCCGACAUUCCAGCCGCUCAGAACCCGCUCGAGACAGUAUUCGGCAAGUUCUGGGACAGCAUGUUGCCAUAUUUCAAGGAACGAGCCUUGAAAGACGGCCUGUGCCUUACAAAGUCCGAAUCCAUCAUGCAUGACAUGUUCAAGGAAGUUGGAGCCGCCAUGACUCGAGCGUUUAUGAAAUUAGAGCAAACUUCUCGUGCUCCUCCCGCUCACAAGCCUCUUAUAUAA